UUAUUCGUGUUGCUAUUAGAAGCCAUUAGAAACACUAUAAAAGGGAGUUUUUCUGUACAAUUGGGCAUAGUUACUUGCCGUGAACCUUGCAUGAAAAAACAAACCGAAACCAUGAGUUGCAUAUACAGACUUGGAUUAUUGGUGAUACUAACAUUUCUUGUACUAAAAGGUCGCAUUUGCAGAGCAGACAAAGUAUCUGCAAAGGUGUGUACUGACGGAGGGUCUGAGUGUAAUACUCUCACACAUUCAACAUGUAACACCACAAGCUUGAAAUGUCAGUGUAAUACUGGAUUUAAGGAAGACAAUACAGAUGGGAGCACAUGCAUAAAAAAGAAAGUAUCCGAAGUAGUGUGUACCAAAGGAGGAAGUGAGUGUACUCCUGUCCAACACUCUGUAUGUGGCACUUCUCUGAAAUGUAAAUGUGACACCGGCUUUGGUGAAGAUACUACUGACGGAAGUACAUGUGUUCAAGGCGCUAACAGUCACAAUCUACAAAGCAAACAGAGAGUAUCUGAAAUUGUGUGUACUAAUGGAGGACAUGAGUGUACUGCUAUCACACACUCUGCAUGUGGCACUUCUCUGAAAUGUAAAUGUGACACUGGCUACCAGGAAGAUACUACUGACGGAACUACAUGUGUUCAGACCACUAACACCCUCAACACAAACCAACAAAGCAAACGAAGAGUAUCUGAAGUUGUCUGUACAGACGGAGGAAAUGAAUGUGCCUCAAUUGUUCAUUCAGCAUGUGACGCUCCAAGUCUAAAGUGUAAAUGUGGGACAACCUACGCCGAAGACAGUACAGAUGGAAGCACAUGUGUUAUGAAGGUAGCUAGCGUUGCUUGCAGUGAAAAUGGGUCCCAAUGUGCCUCUAUUGACCAUGCCGAGUGUGACCUCGCAGCAACAAAGUGCAAAUGCAUUGACGGGUUCAAGAUGACUGCUGACAAAUGUGCUCCCGCAGGAAACACAGGUGUAUUAGCAACUUUGGCAUAUACCGUGCUUGCACUUCCUUUCAUUCUGGCAAUAAAGUUGACGAUGAUGUAAAUUUACAAUUCAGAAGUUUGCAGGUCUAUGAAUGGUUUGAGCACCGGGAUGACUUUUUGAAUCUUCAUAUAUUGUAUGCAAACUUCGUCUUUAUUUUGUUUUUAUUUUUUAAAAGAAGACUGUUUUAGAAAUGUGUGUAAUUUGGAAUACUAUUCUAUUUGAAUUUGAAAUUUAAACAAAGGCGGUAGUAAAAUAAUUUGUCACUUGUUACUUGAUUGUUCUGUUAAUGGUACAGACUAUAUAAAUGUAUUAACUUUAAAUAAACCCAACACCUGUAUAAUUUGCUUGUCUAAAUCUAGGAUUUCCUGUGUUUGAUGAAGAUUAUAAAACAUACGUGACUUAUGAAAAUACAGGAGAUAUGAUGAGAUUUGACAAGAUAUAAAUUACUCCUUCUUAUUACACAGUAGAUGUUUGUAGAUUAGAAAUAAAUUUCAUUAAAAUAUA